UAUUAAAAGUGGCCGACAAAAGACAAAAACACAAGAAGACAUUCCUAGUUUUAUCGAGAUCAAAUUUGGGGCUCUUUCUCUCAUCAGCGGCCGCCACACAGACAAUCUGAUAAUCUCGAACCCUAAUCUGGUUUCAAGUCUCGAACGAAGCACCAUGUCUGAACCAGUAAAAAGCAUCGAUCCAGGUUACACAGGGGUGUUCUGGGACUAUGAUGAUUUACCCAUAGCUGGUAGUUUCAAUCCUUUUGAUGUUCAUCUUAAUAUAAAAGCUUCUCUUGCCAAGAAGAAUCUGUGUGGAUUUUUUGAACUGAGUUUCUACUGUGACAAGGAAUUACCAGUCCCAGAUUACUUGGUGCAAUCUUACCGUAAAGCCAGGCUUUGCUUCGUUCCUGAUGUGAGCAAAUCUUUGAGAGCAAAAAUUAUGAUAAGAGACAUUCUUCUUUACGCAUGGGACAACAAUCCUUGUUUUAAUGAUGGUCAACCAGCUAACUUGGUGAUCGUCUCCAACACCAUCUCACAAGAUCCCGACAUGAUCAGCGUUCUUCAAGCUUUGAACCAGAGAAACUUCUCCGUUCUCUUAGUACGCUCGGACGAGCUCAAGCAUAAGGCCGUUGAUCCAGGAGACAUUGCCACUGAAAAUUUGGACUGGCUUUGGCAAAGCAUCAUGUUUGGUGAUAAACCUUUCAUCGACCCAAGCGAAACCCGUGCUGGUUCUCUCCUUUGCAGCGGAUGCCAUGAAGAAGUUUCAAUCACUGAAGAUGAAGAUGGAGAUGGAGAUGGAGAUGGAGAACAGACAGAAGAUGCUGUCGUUAAGUUGUAAGCUCAGAGACAGAAGAUGAAGCUGUUGGGCAACAAUUUUUUUGAAGAAGUGUUGUACAACGUU